GUGGGGCUUGAACUCAUGAACCAUGAGAUCGCGACUUGAGUCGCGACUUGAGUCAGACGCUUAACUGACUGAGCCACACAGGUGCCCCAGUGUGUUUCCAUUAUAUUCUAUUAAUAAUUCCUUUCUUCCUUGAGCUUCUUUGAGUGAGUUUCUCUGCUUUGUAGCCAGAUGGUCCCUUACUAAGUCAUCACUCAUGGAAUAUAGGGCACUCAUUGAGAUUGCAUUUGCUGCAACAUGAUAAGAGUCAACUCAUCAACCAGUGUUUUGAAACCUACUAUGUAGAUGUGAUAGGCAGAGGACCACAAAGAGAACUGAACCAUAGUCCUUGAUCUAAAGGAGCUGGUAGCUUAGUGUAUCAUUCAUGUAAAAAAUUAGUUUUGGGAGAAGGAUUGACACAGACAAAACCAGGAACAAAUACAUGACAUGACAAAAUCAAGGGCUUGGCUGGGUGAGAGAAUUCUAAGGGCAAUGCGAGCUUCAGAAAAGGAAAUAUAAGGCAUUCUUAUACAUUUCAUUUCACUUUGAAAGAACCAUCAGGAUUUCAAUGGAUUGAAAUGAGUGGGAAGGCUUAGGGAGGAAGUAGUUGCCAGCUGCUGAAAACUGGUAGCUUUGGGACUCUGCAGAUGUACAGGGAGGGGAGGGAGGGAUGUGAGAGCAUGAGGAGAGGAUCACAGGAUUGUGGCUUGCCUAGACAUUGGAGGAAGCCUCAUCCCAUUUUUAAAAUUACUUUUACCCUCUUUCCAAAUUUCCUCUGAGAUACCUUCUUUAGCCAACAUUUCUUAGCCCUUAAAGACAUUUCCUAAUCCUCCUCUUUCCCCUCUUUGCUUUCUUUAAGACUGUUUAAUUCAAACCAUUCUUUGUGGCUCUUUUUUGGGAAAAUCAUUACAAGAAGAACUGAUGGUGCUCUGGGGACAUGACACACCUCUCUAGCCUUAGUGGUUCUUCUCUGAGUCAAAUGAUUUCCCCGAUGAGCCCAGAUGCUUUCUCCUGCAGUUGAACUUCACCCCUUGGCCGAGAAUUGCAUACAGCUCAUGGCCCUCCCCUUCCCACACCCACUUCUCCUAGGUUCCCUUACCCAAAAAUUUCAUCACUUCCCAGAACAGCCAGAACAUUCUUGGAUGUUUCUGCCAGUUAGUGUUUAACCAAAUAACAGUCUCUAAGGGGUAGGUUGGACUAACAGAAGGAUUGAAGCCUGAGACUUAAAAAGACAACUUCUGCAGGGUGAGUCCCUGAGUCCUGGAGGAGAGGGAGAAAGAGAGAGCCAGAGUGGACACAGGAGCAAAACACAAUGGAAUCGACCUUCACCUCCAAGGACACUUAUCUGAGACAUUUUAACCCUCGGGAUUACCUAGAAAAAUAUUACAACUUUGGGUCAAGACACUCUGCAGAAAAUGAGAUUCUUAGGCAUCUUCUGAAAAAUCUUUUCAAGAUAUUCUGCCUCGAUGGUGUGAAGGGGGACCUCCUGAUCGACAUUGGCUCUGGCCCUACCAUCUACCAGCUCCUCUCUGCUUGUGAAUCCUUCAAGGAGAUCAUUGUCACCGACUACACUGAGCAGAACCUGCAGGAGCUGCAGAAAUGGCUAAAGAAGGAACCAGGGGCCUUUGACUGGUCCCCAGUGGUAACCUACGUGUGCGAGCUCGAAGGGAACAGAAUCAAGGAGCUGGAGAAAGAGGAGAAGUUGAGGCGUGUGGUCACACAGGUGCUCAAGUGCGACGUGACCCAGAGCCGGCCACUGGGCAGCGUCCCCCUGCCCCUAGCCGACUGCCUGCUCAGCACGCUGUGCCUGGAUGCCGCCUGCCCAGACCUCCCUGCCUACUGCACAGCCCUCCGGAACCUCAGCAGUCUGCUAAAGCCGGGGGGCUUCCUGGUGGUGGUGGAUGCCCUGAAGAGCAGCUACUACAUGAUCGGCGAGCAGAAGUUCUCCAGCCUCUGCCUGGGCCGGGAGGCAAUAGAAGCUGCCGUGAGAGAGGCUGGCUUCUCAGUUGAGCAGUUUGAGGUGAUCUCUCGAAGGUAUUCUUCCACCAUGUGCGACAACGAAGGGCUUUUCUCUCUGGUGGGGCGGAAGCUGAGCAAAUCUGUAUGACUCCCGUGAUUGAAAAUAAAGCAGUUAACUUCUUGGUUCUAA